GCAUGCAGCCCUUCCCAAGCACUGGUAGGGCACUGGGCAUGCAGACAGCCCACCAGAAGGGAAGAAUCAGGAGAAAAGCGAUGCAAGAUCCCAGAGGGAGCUAAGAAUUGAGUUCGCUGCGGACCCAUAAGGAUUCGCUGCUCGUAACAGCUGCUUCUGGGAUCAGAUAAACUGAAGCACAAGAGGGUAAAAACUUUGUCCUUGGUCUUACAGCCAGAAAGUGGUGAUGCAAAGAACUUAGUUCAAGCUUUGAUCUGUUCUGCACUGCCUGCCAAAGCAGAACCUUGAGAAAUACCCAUGUUUGGGGGAUGAGAGGAAGAAGAUAAAUCAGCAAAGAAAAUAGUGAUAAGAAAGAUGCAGAACCCAGGGAUAUGGAGAGCCAAUUGUAUUUGUAAAACACUUAGAAUGGUGCCUGACACGUGAGUUGCUUUGUCUAAUUCUAGCCCUGUGGUAGCUACCCAAGAUUGUUGUAACCUCCAGUGAUCAAGUUCUUUGGAUAAGCAAAGAGGGAGGGCAUUAAGUGUGUGGAAAAGACCCCUCCUCUCCACUCUUGUUGCAAGGAAUUAGCUAACCCUCAGAGAGGCAGUCUGUCUCCAAGUCCAUGAGGUCCCCAAAGGUGAAAGCAUCAUACAAUACAGAAAAUAAAAAGCAUGAUUAAUACUGCAAGCUGAGAGGAUAUGUGUUCCUGCACUGUCAGACCAAGCGCAAGAAUUAUUGGAGACAUGUUACAGCUUCUCUGCCUUCUCUCAAUGUUACGCUGUUCAGGACUCAGGAUCUUGCCCUCUGAGGGUUUACAGAAGUCAUUCUCACUAUCUCACCCUGGCCGUCUUGACCCAGAGCAGUUCUUUACUUUCUCAGGACACAAACGGGAUGAAAGUCCAGGGCUGGGACUUCCUCCUUGGAAUGUUUGACAAGGACUGACGUACUCUAGGCCCUUUGAAUCCCGGAAGUCCAGGACACACCCAACCUUGAUUACAGUGUCCAGAAUGCUGGAGCGUAGGUGAAAGGACAAAAGCCAGACACAUUUCAACAUGAGGGACCCACUGACAGAUUGUCCGUAUAAUAAAGUAUACAAGAACCUAAAGGAGUUUUCUCAAAAUGGAGAGAAUUUCUGCAAACAGGUCACAUCUGUUCUUCAGCAAAGGGCAAACCUGGAAAUUAGCUAUGCCAAAGGACUUCAGAAACUGGCAAGCAAGCUGAGCAAAGCAUUACAGAACACGAGAAAAAGUUGUGUUAGCAGUGCCUGGGCCUGGGCCUCAGAGGGAAUGAAAUCCACAGCGGACCUGCAUCAAAAACUUGGCAAAGCAAUUGAAUUGGAAGCAAUUAAACCGACUUAUCAAGUCCUAAAUGUACAAGAGAAGAAGAGAAAAUCACUUGACAAUGAAGUUGAAAAGACAGCAAAUCUUGUCAUUAGCAACUGGAAUCAGCAAAUUAAGGCCAAGAAGAAAUUAAUGGUUAGUACCAAGAAACAUGAAGCACUUUUCCAGCUUGUAGAAAGCUCCAAGCAAUCUAUGACUGAGAAGGAGAAGCGGAAGCUCCUCAAUAAACUGACAAAAUCAACUGAAAAGUUGGAAAAGGAAGAUGAAAAUUACUACCAAAAAAACAUGGCGGGUUAUUCUACCAGACUGAAAUGGGAAAACACACUAGAGAACUGCUACCAGAGCAUUCUGGAGCUGGAGAAGGAAAGAAUUCAACUUUUAUGCAAUAACUUAAACCAGUACAGCCAACAUAUUUCUCUUUUUGGCCAAACCCUGACCACAUGCCACACGCAGAUUCACUGUGCCAUCAGCAAGAUUGACAUUGAAAAAGAUAUCCAGGCUGUAAUGGAAGAAACUGCAAUUUUAUCUACAGAAAACAAAUCUGAGUUCCUGUUAACGGAUUACUUUGAAGAAGAUCCUAACAGUGCAAUGGAUAAAGAGAGACGAAAGUCUUUACUAAAACCAAAAUUAUUGAGACUUCAGAGAGACAUUGAAAAAGCCUCAAAAGACAAGGAAGGCCUGGAACGAAUGCUUAAAACGUACUCCAGCACCUCCUCCUUCUCUGAUGCAAAGAGCCAGAAAGACACAGCAGCGCUAAUGGAUGAGAACAAUUUGAAACUAGACCUUUUGGAAGCGAACUCCUACAAACUGUCAUCAAUGUUAGCAGAACUUGAGCAAAGACCUCAACCCAGCCAUCCUUGUAGUAACUCCAUCUUCAGGUGGAGAGAAAAGGAGCAUACUCAUAGCUAUGUGAAAAUAUCUCGGCCUUUUUUAAUGAAGAGAUUAGAGAAUAUUGUGAGCAAGGCAUCUUCUGGUGGGCAGAGCAAUCCAGGUUCUUCAACUCCAGCCCCUGGUGCAGCCCAGCUCAGCAGCAGACUUUGCAAGGCCUUAUAUUCUUUUCAAGCCAGGCAAGAUGAUGAGUUGAAUUUGGAAAAGGGUGACAUUGUGAUUAUACACGAGAAAAAAGAAGAAGGAUGGUGGUUUGGAUCUUUGAAUGGGAAAAAAGGCCAUUUUCCUGCCGCUUAUGUGGAGGAGUUACCUUCAAAUGCUGGCAACACAGCUACAAAGGCAUAAAACAAGACUCUGAAGAUACUACCUUCACACUCGGUAACGAACAAUACAAUACAGUGUGGUUCAAAUAAGAAUAAAGUGCUCUUACCUUUA